AUGAAUACGACACCAAGUCCUGGCUCUUUGAGUAAAGAUAAAGUAGCCAGUACGUUUGGUAUACAAUUGAAAAGUAAAAACACAAAUAAACAACAAUCUGAACAAUUAUCAACUUCAUCGACUGCGAUAUCAACAACAACAACAACAACACCAACUAAUAUUGGAACAUCAACCGUAACAAAAAAUAAAACUGUGAGUGAUUUUCGUUUACAAAAUGAAUUAAAUGGUAUACAAUUAAAUACAAAUACGAAUCAACAUUCGACUUCAUCAAGAACAUCAAUAUCAAUAGGAAAUUCUCUAGAAAAUUCAACAAAAAGUAAGUCAAGUAUUGGACUUGCAUCGAUAACAACUCUUGAAGAACGACGUAAUUCAUUAACUACGAAUGAUAAUCAUUCCACAUUAUUAAAACCUGUGAAAUUAACUCCAUCAAAUGAAUCACUUUCGAAAUCUUCAUCAUCAUCAAAUAUUUUCUUACUAUCAAAAUCGCCUGAUAGAAUUGAUAGAUCCAGUUUAUCACCUGCUUCGAAUAGUCGACGAUCAAGUAUAUCCUCUGUAACACAUCGAAGUAUUUCACCAGAACCAUCGUCACUUAACCUAUCCAGUAUAAUAAAAACAUUUGAACAAUCAAUGUCUCCAGAACCAUCUUCAAUUAAACGAACAAGUAUUACAAAAACAACGGAUCAACCAGUAUCACCAGAACCAUCUUCGAUGAAACGAUUAAGUAUAACAAAAGCAACUGAACGAUCAGUAUCACCAGAAUCAUCUUCACUUAAACGAACAAGUAUUGUGAAAACAAUUGCUCAACCAUUAUCACCCGAACCAUCCUCAAUGAAACGAUUAAGUAUAACACAAACAUCUGAACGAUCAGUGUCACCAGAACCAUCUUCAAUUAAAAGAGCAAGUAUAGCAAAAAUAUUUGAACAACCAAUGUCAUCCGAACCAUCUUCAGUUAAACGAACAAGUAUAACAACAAAAACAUCUGAACUACCAGUUUCAUUAGAACCAUCAUCAUCAUCAUCAGUUAAACGAACAAGUAUAACAAAACCAAUGGAACGACCAAUUUCACCAACAGCAUCCACUAAACUACAAAGUAUUCCAAUAACUACAUCUCCUAAAACUGAAGCAGAAAUUGAACAUCAAAAAGAUCAACCAUUAUAUAAAAGACAACCAACAAAAACAUUAGAUAAUGGUGCAAUAAUAAUACAUAAAAAUAAACAUCAACAUGAACCUGUCACAACAUCAACUAUAUUAUUAACACGGUAG